AUGUCCCAAGACUACCCCGCAGUCGACAACAACUCCCUCGACGACAUCUUCGGCUCCUCCCCACCGCACGAAAGUACUCACACCGCACCCCUCCAAUCAACAACCAACCCACUCACCCAAUCAACCGAACCCUCCGACCUCCCCAGCCUCCGCCGCCAACACGUCACAGCAGGCUACCGCGACGGCACGUCCGCCUCCAAGGGCGCGCACGUGCAAGACGGCUUCGACGGAGGCUUCCCCGUCGGCGCGCAGCUGGGUAUGCGUGCCGGUACUGUACUGGGUAUUAUGGAGGGAUUGCUACGCGGGUUCGAGGAGCGGGGUGGACCGGGUGUUGUGAAGAAGCCGGUUGUGCGGGCGGGCCAUUCUGCAUCUGGGUCUACGGGGACGGAUGGCGGUGGCAAUAGUGAAACUGGGGAAUUGCGGAAACAGAAAAGGGAACAGCUCCGAGUGCUCUAUGAAGCUGCGCUUAAGGAGCUGGAUGUGCAGGCUGUUUUUGCUGGGGCUGAUGGUGGUGCUUCGGAGGUUGCGCCCAGAGCUGAGGACGGAGAGGAGGAACGGGCGGAGAAACAGCUUGGACGGAAGGGGGAUGUUGUUAUUUCGAAGUGGGAGGGGAGGGUUGAUGUUCCGAGGUGGGAGGAGAAUAUGGAGGCUUUGGAGAUGAAGGAGAAAGAGAAGGAGGAGGAGAGCAAGGGCAAGGGCGAAGGCCAGGGUCAGCCUGUGGAGCACAGUUGA